AUGUCGGACACGUCCUCGGUUCUCGGCGGCGUCCGGGCCGGCCCGCCCGUCGAGCGCGACGUCGAGCAGGCUAUAACCGUUCUCAAGAAAGGAGCCUACUUGUUGAAGUAUGGGCGUAGAGGGAAGCCAAAAUUUUGUCCAUUUAGGUUAUCCAAUGACGAGUCCGCAUUGAUAUGGUUUUCAGCGAAAGAGGAGAAACAUCUAAAGCUGAGCCAUGUGUCCAGGAUAAUGCCUGGCCAACGGACUGCAAUAUUUCAAAGGUAUCCACGACCUGAGAAGGAAUGUCAGUCAUUUUCUCUUAUUUCGCAUGACAGGUCACUGGACAUUAUAUGUAAGGACAAAGAUGAGGCGGAAGUGUGGUUUGCUGGGCUGAAAACUUUGAUUUCACGUAGUCAUCAAAGAAAAUGGAGAACUGACUCGAGAAGUGAUAGCGUUUCCUCUGCUGCAACUAGUCCAAGGACUUACACGCGACCGAGCUCUCCAUUGAGCUCUCUUUUCAACAGAAACGACUAUGUCAAUAAGGAUUUCAAUGAAAACUACCGCCUUCGUAGUCCAUAUGGGAGUCCACCAAAGAAUGGCUUGGAGAAGGCCUUUUCAGAUGCUGUGUUAUAUGCAGCUCCUCCCAAGGGCUUCUUCCCAUCAGAUUCUAAUACUGGAUCAGUCCACUCUAUGUCAUCUGGACAAUCAGAUAACACAAAUGGGCACUCGAGAGGCAUCCCGAUGGAUGCUUUCCGGGUCAGUUAUUCAAGUGUUGUUAGCUCAUCAAGUCACGGUUCUGGCUAUGACGAUGGUGAUGCUUUAGGUGAUGUUUUAAUAUGGGGAAAAGGAAUUGGGGAAGGAGUUCUUGGUGGUGGUAGCUCGAGGACUGGAAGCUCCUCAGGUGCAAAGAUGGAUUGUCUUGUACCUAAACCAUUAGAGUUUGCUGUGCGACUUGAUGUGCAGAACAUAUCUUGUGGAGGAAGGCAUGCUGCACUUGUCAGUAAACAAGGCGAGAUCUACUCCUGGGGCGAGGAAUCUGGUGGGCGGCUUGGUCAUGGUGUUGAUUGUGAUGUCGCACAUCCAAAGCUCAUUGAUGCUCUAACUCAUAUGAACAUUGAGCAGGUAUCCUGCGGUGAAUACCACACUUGUGCUGUUACACUAUCUGGAGAUUUGUAUACAUGGGGGGAUGGCACCUUCAAAUUUGGGCUUUUGGGCCAUGGCAAUGACGUCAGUCACUGGGUACCAAAAAAGCUGCAUGGGCCAUUGGAGGGUAUACAUGUAUCAUCAAUUUCUUGUGGCCCUUGGCAUACAGCCAUAGUAACUUCCGCUGGGCAGCUGUUCACAUUUGGAGAUGGCUCUUUUGGAGUUCUAGGCCAUGGAGACCGCGAGAGUCUCUCUGUCCCCAAGGAAGUGGAAUCUCUCAAAGGGCUUCGGACGGUGCGGGCUGCUUGUGGUGUUUGGCACACUGCUGCAGUUGUAGAAGUAAUGGUUGGGAAUUCAAGUUCUAGCAAUUGUUCAUCUGGAAAGAUAUUUACGUGGGGCGAUGGUGAUAAAGGCCAUUUAGGACAUGGUGACAAGGAAUCGAGGCUUGUCCCAACAUGUGUUGCUUCUUUGGUGGAGCCCAAUUUUUGCCAGGUUGCUUGUGGUCAUUGCUUGACAGUGGCUCUUACAACAUCAGGACAUGUGUAUACAAUGGGGAGUGCUGGUUUUGGCCAACUUGGAAAUCCACAAGCAGAUGGUAUGCUUCCUGUACGUGUUGAAGGGAAGCUCCACAAAAACUUUGUUGAGGAGAUCUCUUGUGGUGCUUAUCAUGUGGCUGUUUUGACCUCUAGGACUGAGGUCUACACAUGGGGUAAAGGUGCAAAUGGUCGGUUAGGUCACGGGAAUACUGAUGAUAAGAAUACUCCUACAUUGGUUGAAGCACUAAAAGAUAAGCAAGUCAGGAGUGUUGUUUGUGGAACUAAUUUCACUGCAGCAGUAUGCAUUCAUAAAUGGGUAUCUGGAGUUGAUCAGUCAAUGUGCUCAGGAUGCCGUCAGCCUUUUACCUUGAGGAGAAAACGUCAUAAUUGCUACAAUUGUGCUCUGAUAUUUUGCCAUUCCUGCAGCAGUAAAAAAUCUCUGAGGGCUUCAUUGGCACCAAAUCCUAGCAAACCUUAUCGUGUUUGUGAUAGCUGCUACAGUAAACUGACCAAGCCACUCGAAACAGACAUGUACUCUUCAGCUAAGCAGGGAGCUGUUGUUGUACAGGGAUUUAGCAACACGGUUGAGGAUGAGCUGGAAACAAGGUCAAACGCUAAACUAUCAAGAAUGUCUUCAAUGGAAUCGUAUAAGAACAUGGAUAGUAGAUAUUCAAAGAAAAACAAGAAGUUUGAUUUUAAUAGCACCCGUGUUUCCCCCAUUCCAAACAGCGGUUCACACUGGAGUGGACUCAACAUUUCAAGAUCCUUCAAUCCUGUAUUUGGGUCUUCAAAAAAGUUUCUCUCAGCAUCUGUUCCUGGAUCCAGAAUCAUUUCUAGGGCCACAUCACCUGUUUCAAGAAGGUCGAGUCCUCCACGUUCUACAACACCAACACCUACUUUGGGGGGUCUAACUUCUGGAGGUGUCCUCAGUGGCGCCAAGCCAACAAAUGAUAGCCGGACUCAAGAAGUUCUAAAUUUGAGGUCCCAGGUGGACAAUCUUAGUAGGAAGUCUCAACAUCUCGAAGUUGAGUUGGAGAGAACUACCAAGCAAUUGAAGGAAGCUCUUGCCAUUGCAGGGGAGGAAACCGCAAAGUGCAACGCAGCGAAGGAAGUAAUCAAGUCACUGACUGCACAAUUGAAGGAGAUGGCAGAGAUGUUACCUGGAGGAGCAGCCAAGAACGGGAAGUUACCACCCCUUUCUGGAAUUUCUGUGCCAAGUGAUAUACAUGCCAUGGUUGCUGAAAGUUUGGGCAGCCCAGUAAGUUCCGGAGAACAAGAACAAAUUUCAGAUGGUAGUAAUGGAUUGUUUGCUUCUAAUGGACCAAGUUCUGUUAGGAACAAGGCAAGCCAUCAAGAAAUGACCAAUAAUGGGGGUAUACCACAGGAUUCAGAAUCCCAAAAUGAGGCUGAAUGGGUAGAGCAAGAUGAACCAGGUGUUUUUAUUACUCUCACUGCUUUACCUGGAGGGGCCAGAGACCUCAAGCGGGUUCGGUUCAGCCGGAAGAGAUUCAGUGAGACACAGGCAGCAAAAUGGUGGCAAGGGAACAGAGCGAGGGUAUAUCUGAAGUACAAUGUUCGCAUGGUUGACUAGGACGCGAUUGUAUAGUGAUGUUAUGCCGGUUCACAAGAAAACAUUUCCGCCCCACCACACGCUGUCUGAAAUGGCACCAACCUCGUGCUGCAUGUCGUUGAACUGCUUGAUACAAGUGUGUUCACUGUGCUGUUUCUUAAUCAUAGUGUGUUCAGUGUGCUUUCUGAUUUGGGUGGUGCAUAGGUGCUGCCGCUGGAGGCGGAGAGAAGGGUAAGAGGAGGAUCCUGGUGGGGAGGAAUGUGCACACGGCGUGCUUUGCAGUGAAGGUUCCUGGUGGGGAGGAACAUUCACUGUUCCAUUCACCGUCUUGCGAUCUAUGAUAUUUUCCAGCUUCUUCCAUAAAAAGUUUAGGUUGCGGUGUUCUGUGCUACCAUGCCUCCUGAAAAUUUUCAGCUUCCGUGCUACCAUGCCUCCUGAAGCCCUUGAGAUAACCCGCAAGCCCGUGAGGAUUCUUGUUAAGGAAGACGAGCUUACCCUUCAGUGUAUCUAGCAAUUCUAUGUCAAUGUGGAGAAGGAAGAGUUGAAGCUGGAUUACCCUCUGUGGUCUGUACAUACCUUGGCUAUUACCCAGAGUGUCAUCUUAGUGAACACCCAACGCAAGGUGGACAACAAGAUGAGGGGAAGGGACCACAGUCUCUGCUACACACGGACACAUGGGCCAGAACACCAGGGACAUCAGGGAGUUCAGAUCUGGGUCUUCUCGUGUGCUCGUCGCCACUGACCGGAUGGCUUGUGGUAUCGGUGUCCAGCAAGUCUCUACCGUCAUCAACUACGACCUGCCGACUCAGCCUGAGAAACACCUCCAUCGCACUGGCAGAUUUUGGAGAUAGGGAGUUGCCAUCAGGUUUGUCACCCGCGGCAUCGAGAGGACUCUGUUCGACAUCCAGAAGUUCCAUGUACAGCAUUGCCACCGAGGAUGCUCCCGGCCAAUGUUGCUGAGCCUCUAUAGGUUAUGAUCUUAGGUAUUCAGCAAGGUUGGAUAAGAGUUUAGACAUCUCCUACUCUUUUCAUUUUCGAAGAGUGGUAAUAUCUCGGUUUAUUUGUAUCGUGGUUAAGGAUGGUUUCUUAGUUUUUCUUUUUUGUAUGCGAUGUUCAGAAAUUUUUGUACUGCGUAGGCUGUUCUGUUUCCUGGGCUAGCUGGGAUGGAGUUACACAACCUCUGUAUUUCUGAUAUCUCAAAAACUAUGUUCUGCUGUGUAAGUAUUGUCUAUAUGCUGCAAUUGGAAAAGUUCUCCUCAAACAUAUUUUCUUACUCG